AUGGACGAGGCUGAGAAAGAGGGUACAACAAUGAAAGAAGGAAUGAGAGGCAUCGAUGAGGAUAAACAGAACCCAGACUCAGACGAGCGAGUAUAUAAUGAGGCGAGGAAAUGGGUAAUAGCUACCUACCAGGCCGUUGUUUACUAUGACUGGCUCACCAAGUAUAUCCGCACUGAGGCCACACCUUACCAAGGUUACAAGGCGACGACGGAUCCACAAGUGAGCCACAUCUUCCAGUCAGCUGCUAUGAGGUUCGGGCAUACGUUAGUGACCUCAGGAGUAUACCUGCGAGACCGCAGGGACGAAGGCUGUCGCACAGUUCCUUUCUCUCUGGUGUCUGGGCAGAACCAUGCGCAAGGGGGAGUCAGGACAUGCAACUCGUUUUGGAGAUCCCCAGAACUGUUUACUCGUGACCCUGAGAACUUUGAGAGGUUUCUGAUGGGUCUCAGUAGCCAGAGUACCGAGUCGGAGGACAACGUGAUCGUUGAUGACUUGCGAGGUAAUGUGUUUGGACCACUUGAGUUCUCCCGACGUGACCUGAUGGCUGUAAACAUUCAGAGAGCUCGUGAUCAUGGACUCCCUGAUUACAACACUGCCAGGAAGUAUUUUGGACUUGAAACCCUAAACACACUGGAGGAGGAAGAGUUCAGGAGGAAAACUAAUACCGAAGUUCCCGACGAAGUGAUUAGGAACCUCUCUAUGGUUUAUGACAAUGAUCCCAAUAAGGUUGAUAUAUGGGCCGGAGGUCUACUGGAGACUACUAACAGACCAGGACAGCUAUUUUCCAGAGUCAUCGUGGACCAGUUUCAGCGUAUACGGGAUGGAGAUCGCUUCUGGUUUGAGAACUCCGGAAACAAGUUAGUAUACCCUGUACUCACAUUCUCUCUGAUAGAAGUUUUGAACCGUUCAUGA